UCCUAACGCAGCCCAGCUCUGGGUCCCCCUCUCUUCUAAGCCAGCUGGUCUGGCUUAAUAUCAACUUCUUUCUUUCACUUUCUUUCCUUUUUUUAAAAAAAAAAAAAAUCCUUUUUUUCUUGUUUGAUACAAGGGAUUGACUGAGCUAACCCACAGCUGGAGCUGCUGGGGAACCUUCCAGGUGAAGAUACAGCAGAAAGCACUGGUGCUCGCUGACACGCCUGAGAGAAGCGCGUGCUGCCCCUCAGGAGGAGACUCACCGAUGGAGUGAACCGCUGGACGGAGAGAGAGACACGCAGAGAAAAGUCACGGGAAGAAGAAGAAGACAUGCAGGACUGAAGCCAGCGCGGAGGAGCCAGCCAGCAGUUUGGGAUUGAAACGUGAAAAACCUUGAGGACCUGAAAGUCAAAACCAAGGAGCCAAAGUAGAAGAAGACGUUUGUGAAAAAGAGGAAAAGCAACAGAGAAAAUAACCAAGAUGGGGAGAAAAAAGAUUCAGAUAGCGCGGAUCAUGGACGAACGAAACAGACAUGUGACUUUCACCAAGCGUAAGUUUGGUCUGAUGAAGAAGGCGUACGAGCUGAGCGUGCUGUGCGACUGUGAGAUCGCCCUCAUCAUCUUCAACAGCACCAACAAGUUGUUCCAGUACGCCAGCACCGACAUGGACAAAGUUCUGCUCAAAUACACCGAGUACAACGAGCCCCACGAGAGCAGGACCAACUCCGACAUCGUGGACACGCUGCGUAAGAAGGGUUUAAACGGCUGCGACAGCCCCGACAUCGAGGCCGACGACUCCGCGGGCCAGAGCCCAGAGUCCGAGGACAAGUACCGCAAGAUCAACGAGGACAUCGACCUGAUGAUCAACAGACAGAGACUCUGCCAGGGUCUGCCCCCCUCCAACUACGACAUGGGGGUGUCCAUCCCAGGCAGCAACACCAGCGGACUCCUGUACUCCCACCCUGGAAUAGGGGGCGGUCUGAGUAACCACAACCUGCUGCCCAUCUCUCACACACACCCCUCCCUGCAGAGAAACAGCAUGUCCCCUCAGCGGCCCUCCAGCACUGGGAAUGCAGGACUGAUGGGUUCAGAGCUGACCGUGGUCUCCAGUGUGGGAAACGGCAGCUACAGCGGCCACUGCCCCUCCCCCGGCCUCCUGUCUCCUGGAGGAGUCUCCAAAAACCUGCAGGACAAGAGUCCUCCUCAGAUGAGCAUGAGCCGCAAGCCCGACCUCCGGACUCUGAUGCCCCCCUCCAACAAGUGCAACAACAUGCCGACUAUAAACCAGAGAAUAAAUCACUCUCAGACCGCUCAGACGCUGUCGACUCCCUCCGUCUCCAUCGCUGCUCCGACUCUACCUGGGCAGGGGAUGGGCGGGUACCCGUCGACGCUCAGCUCUUCUUAUGGCACAGAGUUCUGCCUGGGGACCGACCUGUCCUCUCUGUCUGGAUUCGGAAGCUCUGGUCUGGGAUCAGUGACGAGCUGGCAGCACCAGCAGAUCCAGAACCUGCAGCACCCAGCACUCGGACACAUGGGGAACUUGUGUCAGAACUCGAACCUGAACCUCCCCUCCGCCCAUCAGAACCUGCACAUCAAGUCCGAGCCAGCCUCUCCCCCCAGAGACCGGGGCGUCGGCAUGGUCGGUGCAGGAGUACUCGGAGGGGGCGUGACCACAGCCGGAUACUCCGCCUCUGGCCGGGGUCCCAACGAGGCGGGCCGCUCCCCUGGCGACAGCGCGUCCAGCUGCGGGAGCUCGUACGAGGGCAGCGAGGACCGCGAGGAUCACCACUGCAACGACAGCUUCCUCCUGCGACCCCUGUCCGGUCAGGAGGAGCGCCACAGCCCGUCAGUCAAACGCAUGAGGCUAUCGGAGGGGUGGGCGACAUGAUGGGGGGCGGGUCCACGAGCAGAGGGGAAGGGAUGUUAGGAAAGUUACCUUAUAGUGUUAUUAUUAUUAUUAUUAUCAUCAUAUUCUUCUUGUACUGAGUGGGUGUGCUAUAUGUGUAAUGGUAACAUGUACGUGAGGGGGGGCCGUGUCGCUGAUACAGUGACGCUCUGCUGUAUUUACUACAUGUACUGUAGCGAGACUCGUACACUAGGGGACGACUCCUGGAGACCGGGACCCGAGUCCAAACCUGGAAGAGAUGAAAACUCAAAACUGAGUCAAAAAAAUCUCAGUAAAAAGGAGAAUUUAGGAGUUUUGAUAAUGAAUGAAUCUUCGUCUUAUUAACGUUUGUUGAUAUCAGUCGUGUGUUGUUACGAACUGUGAGAAACAGGAAACGCUAACAGCGACACAGACGCAGUUAUCUCUGAAACAUCCAGAGGCAGAACAGAGCCGGAAAAAACACGUCUGCAGUGCAGUGAAGGAAUAAUAAGAGUUAGAUAAGAUCCAUAUCACCCUUAACUGAAUAUGAAGCUACAGCUAGAGGCCAGUUAGCUUAGCUUAGCUUAGCUUAGUUUAGCUUAGCUUAUCUUAGCUUAGUUUAGCUUAGCUUAGCAUAAAGUUUGGAAACGGGGGGAAACUGUUAGCUUGGUUCUGUCUGAAAGUAACAAAAUCCCCCUAACGACAACCCUAACAAACACAAAUUAACACAGUUAUUUCUCGUCCAUUUAAUCUGACAAAAAGUAAAAUAUAAAAAUAGGUUUUGUGUAAGUGAAAAAAUUGUUUUUGGGAUUAUCAGAGUCUGGGAAAUGUUGAUUUUGAUGCAUUAUUAUUUAAUGUGGAAGAUAAGAUUUAAAAAAAAACAAAACAAAUCACAUGUCCCUAAAUAAAACUGGCACGACGAGAAACAAAGUCCAGCUGGAAAUGAUGUUUUAUUUUGAAAGGAUUAAUACGUGAUGUUUAUCCUGCAUCAGAUAAACACCUGCACCAAACAGCAGGUGUGACGUUAACAGUCAUCACCUCUCGCACGCUGCAGUAAUUUGUAGCGUAUAUAAUCCUGAACAGAAUGCAUGAUGGGUAAUAUUCAUCAUCAUUUGAAACUUCUUAUAUUUUUACUGAGAUGUUUUUGACACAUAUGUUCUCAGGCCUGUUUCUCAGCGGUCUGAUGGUCCAGGAGUCGUUCACAUGAACAUGUACUGAAGAGGCUGGAGGGGUCGUUGGUUGUUGUACAUGUGAUGUUUGUUUUGUGUGUGUUCUGGGGGGGGGUUAAGUUAAAAGCACAUUCAUGUAUGUGCACAUGUAUGCAAACUAACAUAAAGGUCAAAGUGAAGAAGUCUGGUACUCUGAACGCUGAAGCUACUGGUGAGUUUAGUAACGUGGAUCAUUGGAGCCAUGAGCAGGCGUUUCACCGCCGCACAUGCCCUGUUGCAGGUUCAACAUAUUUGCGCACAUACAAACAUAAAAGCACAUUUAACAUAUUAAUGUAUGGAAGGUAAAGGAUGGAAAAUAAAAGAGAAAGGGAGCAUGAGUACGUACAGUAAGAGAGAGAGAGAGAGAGAGAGGGAGGAAUGUAGAGGUGAGGAGAGAAAUGGUGACAGGAAGUUUUCAUGUGAGUGAGUAGAAACUUAUUUGCAACAGGUUGCAUAGAAAACAAGCUUCGGACAAAUUUCAGAGUUAGUGAAAAACUUUCAGAGCCAUCGUAGAAAAAAUGAUUCAGUCCAGAUACAAAAAAACGUGUGGAAGCAAAGAUAAUAAUAAUAAUAACUGUGGAAAUUAACCACUGCUGAAUACUUGUAUUUUUUAUUUUAGAAAUUAAUGUCUUUGUACAUUAAAAAUACAGAUAUUAUAAAUUCCAAGAUACAUAUACAUAAAUGCACAGACACAGUUAUACCAACAUAUUCAUGAACUAAAUGAACAAACCUUUUAAUCAGUUAUUAAUAAUAAGGGAUAUAAAAUUACGAAAUAAAGAAAGUAGUGAGGAUUGAAAAAAGGGAAAUUAUCAAUAAAUGAAUGUUAAAGAUGUUUUGUUUUUUUAAGUAAUGAUGGUCAUUAAUAUUAAUAUCACAUCAUAGAGUGUAUGUAAAUUUUAAGAAAUUUGUUGAAUUUGAAGCAUUGAAAUGUUUAACUUUGAAAACCAUCUGUAUGAUAUUUCCAAAAGAUGAACCAACUAAUCAUUUCAGCUUUAGUUUGUUUUAAUGUCAGAUGCUAAAAUUCAAGAUUAAAUGUCCAUGUUCAUGUCACAUGACCCAAAAAAAGCUGUAGUUUCUAAAUUUACAAAACGUGAAACGACCUUCCGGAAGUUUCAAAUUAAAAUGUCAUAAAUUCACACAGACGGAUUUUCAAUUAGAAUAUUUAAAUGUAAUUGUAUUUAAUUUCACUAUUAAAUAUUCUGUAGUGGUUAUAUUUCACAGUUUGCUUUAAGAAUAAUUUAUAUUUAUGGCCUUUCUUUGCUUCCAUACGACACGACCUGCAACAAACACAGCGUCUGUGGAUUCAUGUGUCAAAAGACUUGAGUGGUGAAUUAUGCACAGAGAGAGUUAGCAUGUGCAGCUUAUGUGCAGCUAACAGCUGUGGCAGGAUUUAGCAGUCAGAGUGAGGAUUGCACUUCUAAAAGCCAUAUCCACCGGGACAGUGAUGCUUUGCUGCACAAACUUUAUAGUGUUAUGUUUUUAAAAAAGUUUUCCUUCCUUAUUAUAUCAAAUUGAUAUUUUUGGAUGUCUGCAGCUCUAUUUAAUAACAGUGACAUAAAGGCAGGAAGAAAAAUAUUUUCUAACAAACAUUCAGGGAGAUUUUAAAUCAUUUACCCCAAGUAAAAAAUGUAAAGUCUGCUGAUCAGCUGGUGUCAGACCCAACAUCAUCUCGCAGAGCACAAAGGACAAUCAGCUGGUUUCCACGUCCUGCAAUUACUGUGUGCUGAUUAUCAAAUAUUAUAUUAAAAUAUAAUAAUAUAAUAUAUAUGGUGGAAGAAAUACUCAGAUCAUUUACUAAGUAAAACUGCCAGUACAACAAUUUUAAUGAGCCAGUUUUUAGACUUUUAUAUAUAAUUUUUUUUUUUCUUUGGGCCUCAAACAGUAAUUUAAAUAAAACCAACAGCUCAACAACUAGACACUGUUUUUGUCUGGACUCCAACAGCGGGGCCAACCCUUUAAUCUGGAAUGUCCCUGACUGACUGACUGACUGACUGAUCGUAUUUCCACCAUUGAUCAGCCGAGUGCCACGGCUUUAGUUUACGUGUUUGGUGAUGUGGUCGGACGACGUCGCGUUAUAAAAUCAGGAUUUGACCACAGGCGGUCCAGACAUGUACAAGGUUCUGACCUCAUCUUGUUGUAAGAGAUCACAAGGAAAAGAAGGUUGUUGGGAAUCACUGUUAUACCUGUAUUUUAUGUGUAUUAUGUUUUUUGAAUGUAAAAUCUUAACCUGAAAAAAUAACAAGUUACUACAGCUGUAAGAAAAAUGUUGUGCAGUAAAAAGCAGAAUAUUUCCCAAACGUAUAAAAGUAGUAUAAAAUGGAAAUAUUCAAGUAAAGUACAAGUACCUUUAAAUUCAAGACUGAGUUACUUUCCACUGCUUCAUAUUCGUGCUGCGUUUGUGGACACUUAGAAUAAUUUGUGCCUUGAACCUGAACCGGGUCUGACACCAGCUUCAAUCAGAGGCUGAACACAGUAGUUUAGAGUCUGCUGAGUGAUAUCCACACUUUGUUUUAUUGUUUUUAAAGAGACAGAAGUGGCUAAGGGUUGUUCACAUUUGAAUAUUUUGGUUGAAGAACUGUAUAUUUGGAGCUCAAACCCUCGGCCACAGGUCUGCACUGUACGUGCCCCUAAAUUCACAAGUUCAAACCCCUGUAGCUGCUGUAGUUUGAAAGGCACUGCUAAAUGAUGUCUGUUAAAACAAAAACAAAAAAAAGGGCAGAGCCCAGAUAUGUUUUCUCCUGCACUCCUUUUCUUUUAUGAUGACUGUAGUCUCCGGGUUGGUCGCCUCCGGCUCAGAUUUACCGCACCACACCCGGCUCAGUGCUAGCACAGCCGACAGGAGGGCCAGGAGCUCGUCCUCAGGCUCCAGGUGGGUCAGCGGGUGGAGGUGGAGAGCUCACACAAAGAAAACGUGGAGUGUAAACUAACCAAAGUGUGAAGAACCUUGUAUAUCUGUGUUUUUGGUUUGAUUCUUUAAGCGGUAACUGCCUGGACUUUUGCCAAAUCUGUCGCCCACUGAAGAAAAAAAAAAAAAAAAAAAAAAACCCU